AUGGAUCUGGACGGGCUUCUCCGAGAAGCAGAGCGAGAUGAGCUGUGCCGGCAAGCGGCCAAGGAGGAUCGCCUCCUGGCCGCCGUCGCAGAGGCUCGCCGCAAGCGCGAGGAGCUUGAUUGGCGACGCCAGCUCUUCGAGACGAUGGGCCAGGAAGACGACGACUACUGCCGCUUCGAGAGCCAUCAAGACUUGGAAAGCUCCGAUACCGGUCGGCCAGACAGCUGGAUGGAUGACAUUGCAGCCCAGGCCGAAGCUCGCACAGCUGGUGCUCCUAGCAUGUCUCAGAUCUUGGCCCAACAGGCAGAGGCGGCCCGGCCUCUCCCCGAGCCGAAGCCGAAGCCGCAGUCGGAUCCCGAGCCGCCUCCUUCAGGCAAACGUCCGCGGAGCGCGGGGUCGUCGGAGCAAGCCGAAGGCUCGCAGCCGACCGCGCCAGAAGAUCCUGAGGCAGCCGCUGAAGCACGUUUGGAGGCUCGACGGCAAGAUGAGGCGAAGUGGAAGCAGCUGGAGGCCAAGGUCGCUGCAGUGAGCGACAACGAGCCUCCGCUUCGGCUUUGGGAGGCAGAGUUACCCUGGCCCUCGGGUACGGCCGAAAAUCCACUCAAUGUCGAUGCCUCCGGGCAUCCGAAAGUGGUUCGGUCGCAACUCCGAGCAGGCCUGCUGAGGUGGCAUCCCGACAAGUUCGAGCAGCGCUUCGGAAGGUUUCUGCCUGUGGACGAGAAGGUGCGCUCUUCCAUCUUCGGCCGUGUAAAGGCGCUUGCACAGCAGCUGACGCGUCUCAUG